AUGGUACAACUGGUCUGUGCCUUCCCCAUCAGCGAGACCGGAACGAGACCUCAGCCUCUGAUGGAGAUCCAGGAUCUCCUGGACCGACUGGAGGAGCUGGUGGAGCAGAGGCCCGUGCCUGAGGAGGUGCCCAGGUCCCAGAGCGCACAAGAGGGGCCAGUGGAGGAGGGGCCCCCGGAGCACCUGGAGGAACUCCUGCUCAAACAGCUCCUCUCCAAAGACCUGAGAACCGUCAAGAACAACAAGAGCAGCUCGUCCGGCUGCUUCGGCCGCCGCCUCGACCGCAUCGGCUCCUCCAGCUCCCUGGGCUGCAACACAGGGACCCGCACAAACCAGGACCAGGACCAGGAACAGAGCCGGGACCAGGACCAGGACUACCCGGCCCCAGAGAGUCCACGGGCUGGGGGCGGGGCCAAGGGGGUGGAGCUUGAUGAGGCCCGAGACCGGAAGCUGCUGCUGGACCUCCUCCUGAGCGCGCGCCGCUCCUCCAGCUGCUUUGGAGCAAGAAUGGAUCGUAUCGGGAACUCAGGAGGGCUAGGCUGUGGCAGAGUCUCCCCUCUCUCCCCCCUCCCUCCCCCUCAGUCUCCCUCUCUCCCCCCUCCCUCCCCCUCAGUCUCCCUCUCUCCCCCCUCCCUCCCCCUCAGUCUCCCCCUCCCUCCUCCUCAGUCUCCCUCCCCCUCAGUCUCCCCCUCCCUCCCCCUCCCUCCUCCUCAGUCUCCCUCCCCCUCAGUCUCCCUCUCUCCCCCCUCCCUCCUCCUCAGUCUCCCCUCCCUCCCCUCCCCCUCAGUCUCCCUCUCUCCCCCCUCCCUCCCCCUAAGUCUCCCUCUCUCCCCCCUCCCUCCUCCUCAGUCUCCCCCUCCCUCCCCCUCAGUCUCCCUCUCUCCCCCCCCUCCCUCCUCCUCAGUCUCACCCUCCCUCCCCCUCAGUCUCCCCCUCCCUCCUCCUCAGUCUCCCUCCCCCUCAGUCUCCCCCUCCCUCCCCCUCCCUCCUCCUCAGUCUCCCUCCCCCUCAGUCUCCCUCUCUCCCCCCUCCCUCCUCCUCAGUCUCCCCUCCCUCCCCUCCCCCUCAGUCUCCCUCUCUCCCCCCUCCCUCCCCCUAAGUCUCCCUCUCUCCCCCCUCCCUCCUCCUCAGUCUCCCCCUCCCUCCCCCUCAGUCUCCCUCUCUCCCCCCUCCCUCCUCCUCAGUCUCACCCUCCCUCCCCCUCAGUCUCCCCCUCCCUCCCCCUCAGUCUCCCCCUCCCUCUCUGCUGUUUGUGAUUGA